UUUGCUCCAUUGUCCACUCAUGCCAGCGAUCGUUUCAGGAUGCCGGAAGGCUCCACAAGGAAACGUUUUACGAUCUUUCAACAAUUACGGCAUUCAAUUCGAAAUUUUGCAAUAACUUCUAAGCGUUCACCCACGACAAAGUCUUCAUCAUUCCGCUUUAACGGCGAACCAAGCAAGACCUUUAUAAUCUGUGUACAUUUGUGUGUGCGUUUUGCAUUUUUUUAACCAUAUUCUUUUCUAAAUACACUUCGCGUGUGUAGAAUUUUAAUCUAUCAAUGCUCGGCAGUACCGUUUAUCACAAAAACGACAAUAUUGAAAAUGCCCGAAGUCGAAUACGCAUGUGUGAGCGAUUUAAAAAUCGGCCGUAUGCUAGGUUCAGGCGGUUUUGGGACGGUCUACGAAGCUAGCUAUAAAGGUGAGACAGUGGCUUUAAAGCAACUUCACACGAACACCAAGAACAAAAAGGCAGCGAUGCAGAGUUUUCGUUCUGAAACUCGCCCCGAAGUGAUAAACUUUUGCCACCCGAACAUCGUGAGAACUCUGUUCGUUUCGCAAGCAAUGACCAUCGAGGAUUCACCCUUUUUAAUAAUGGAGUACAUUGAGAACAAAACGCUUCAGCAUUUGUUGGACGACCCCGAGGAACUCGUCGAUGAACCAAGAAGGAUUCGUUUCGCCUACGAAAUAGUGAGUGCUUUGGAAUAUAUUCACGAACAAAAUGUUGCCCAUUUGGAUUUGAAGCCAGUCAAUGUGCUUGUUACAAAAAAGAAUGUUUGCAAGUUAGGUGAUUUUGGUUGUUGUGAAGUGGUUGAAGAUAUGCCUGUGAGUCCAACUAGAUCAUAUCUUACUGGCACCUUCGCUUACAGAGCACCGGAGCUGUUGCGGGGACAGUCAGCUAGUUGCAAGGCCGAUAUCUACUCAAUGGCAAUCUGUUUGUGGCAAUUUUGGACCAGGGAUAUACCAUACAGAGGCAAAAAUCAACAUGUAGUUAUAUUCGGCGUCGUAUCAAAGGGUUUGAGACCGAAACUUAGCCCAGAUAAUAUGCCAGAUAACAAAUAUCAUGAACUCAUGACGAGCUGUUGGAGUGCCCAGCCCGAUAAAAGACCUUCAUCUAAGGAGCUACUCGAUGUUUUGGCAUGCUGGAACGAAGCAAUGUGAAUUCAAAAGGAGAAAAUGUUCUCAGCCAAAUACUCGGUGUCAGAGACCAGGUCGCAAGUGUUCCAUCCCAUGGAAUCACAGACAAAGCUAGGAAAACGAGAAGAGUUGAUCUAGUGGCAAAACUCAGUUUUCGUUAGAGUUUGACUUACGAGAAGUCCAAACAAUGAAAGCUGAGAGGUAUCUGGUCAUAGGUGGCCAAAAACGGAGAACCGUGCCGAGACUAUUCAAGCAAUGCCGAGAUUGAAAUACGAAAGCAAACCUCUGCUGGACAGAAAGAAAAUUAUUCAAAUUACCUACAAGAAGUUGCAGCGAAAAUCUCUGAACAAGUUCGGAGCCUAAGGUAAUGAUAUAUUGUAUAAAAUUAUGUAUUUAAAUAAUAAUAUAUAUAAAGAAAUAAUAUAAAGAAAUAUUUUUAUCCUUUACUCUAUAGUAUAUAUUUUAUAAAGUGUGUAAUCAGAACGGCUCAGAAUUAUGUGCGAAAAGGCUCCUUAAUUUUGUACAGUUCGUUCGUAACUGUUUUUAAAAAUUGCGUCUGGGAGCCCUCUGUCUUGAAAUUGUGAGGCAUUUACC